AUGGGGCCUUCAAAUCUCAGACCUUACUACUUUAAAGCAGAAACAUCAUUCGACAAAGAAGAUAUUACCAUGGCCACGUUGGUGACUCAAAAUCGUUUCAAAGUCCUUAGUCGCUUAGCUACUCACUACAAAGGCCCGAUCUCGGCGGCGAUUCACGUCAAUGAUAACGAGGAUAAGGAGAACGUGAUUAAUGAAUUACGUACACUUUACAAAGACAAUCCGGAUAUGCGCCGUUACGUGGAUAUUCACUUGAUCGUCGAUCAGUUUGACCGUCAAUUCAAUAUGUGGAGAAAUGUGGCCAAAUUCUUUGCACGUACGGAUUAUAUCAUGAUGUUGGAUGUGGAUUUCCAUUUAUGUACGAACUUCCGUCAGCGCAUUCGUAACAACCCGAAAAUCAUGGACAUGCUGAGAUCAGGCAACACGGCGUUGGUGGUGCCCGCUUUUGAAUACGUGGUCCAGGAGGACGGUCUUGAUUGGCAAACCUUCCCUACCACGAAAUCCGGUUUAUUGGACCAAGUCGCGAAUGAGAAACUCGACAUGUUCCACAAAUCUUGGCUGAAGGGCCAUGGAUCCACCAAUUACACAAAGUGGUACCAAACUUCGGAAUUGUACAAGGUCGAAGAUUACAACUUUUCGUAUGAACCCUACAUCAUCUACAAGAAGGAAGGUACUCCUUGGUGCGACGAACGAUUCAUCGGUUACGGAGCCAACAAAGCCGCCUGUCUGUACGAAAUCUAUCUGAGCGGUAUCGAGUAUUGGGUCCUGCCUGACGAUUUCCUUAUCCAUCAAACCCACGUGUAUCCCGAGGAUGCUCGCAGAAAGGAGCGUCAGUACAAUCGUAAACUUUACAGCAAUUUCCGUGAAGAGUUAUGUUUACGUUACUCGCGUAUGUUUAUCGCCAUGGGUGAAUGGGAAUCGCGAAAAUCAGAAAAUCUACGAAAUGAAUGCCAGAAAAUACGUGGAUUCCGAACCACCAUGAAGCCCGACGCGUAA